AUGAGCAAACUUCUUGCUGUGCUGCGUAAUGGGCCCGCAUGUUUUCCAGUCACGCUAGCGCAGCAGCGUCGGUGGGUAACACGGCUGUACACCUCUUACUACCCCGGUGUGUUGUAUCCUAACCAGCUCGUGCAGCACAAACAGCGCCUACCACCGGAUGUGACUCUUGGCACCGCGCUUAAAACGACGCCCCAAACAAGACACGAGGAACCCGUAAAGGAAAUAGACACCGACAAUGAAAAUGAAACACGCGGUGUUUCAUGGACCGACGCCAGUAGUACUGACCUAAUGCAUACACACAAGGCAGGGCGACAGAAGAGUUUGCCUGCCGCAACCGAGCGGCCGUACGUGCCGCUUGGUGAAGUGGCCAAGUUGGAGCUGCAGGGAGAUUAUUACAUGGAGGGGGGCCUCUUCCAGGAGGCGUUGGAGCAUUACGGUGUGGUCGCCAAGGCCUACUCGAUUGCCUACCCCGAGAAUCAUUCACAGCGUAUUGGCAUCCUCUUGAAGCUUGCUGGUGCCUUCCGCCACGUCGGUCGAAUGGAUAGCAGUAAGGCGAACAUUGAAAAUGCUUUGCGAAUGCUGGAUGCAUCGAGUCGGCCGUCACUUGAACUUAUCUGUGAGGCCUUGUUGGAACUGGGCUUGACGCGAGAGGCGCUGGGCAUGAGGCAGGAGGGCGCAGAGGCCUACGAGGAGGCCGUGGAGGUGAUGAACCUCUUUCACAACUGGGGCGAAUCGCAUCGGAUGUUGCGCCUGCUGCCGCGCCUGGGUCGUCGCUUUAACCUCAACUUUGAGGAAAAAUUUGUCUACUUCAGUCCGUUUGACUACGACCGCACCUUCGCCAUCGCGGACCAGUGUAUGGAGCGUGCGGAGCGCGUUCAUCGCGAGGCUGGAAACCGCGAAGGCGUCAUCCGGGUGCUGCAGCGGAGAAAGGAAAUGAUUGACAAGAAGUUCUUCAACCUUCGCGACUUCGCCGGGCGCAUACACACUAUGCGGGGGCACUGGAUGCGGCGCGCGCAGCACCUGACAAACGCCCCCACACCGGAUGAACUGCUGCGGUACACCCCAACCAUCCACCAAGUGCAUCGAGACUUCAAGUACGAACUCACGGCCCCAAUUGGCCGUGAAAAGGACGUCAUGCCCGGCGUCAACCGUGUAGUGCUCGACAUGGGCAACCCGUACCGCCGACGCGGGCGACUGUCGAACAAAAUGUUGCGCGAUGCCGAUCACAACUUCGCCAAGUACGUCCGCCGAGAGGAGUACAACGCGUGA